UCUUACCUCACAGAGGUAGCUCCUCCACCGGCAGCUACUCGGCGCCCGCGGUCCAUGGACCGGAACCACGGGCCGACGGGUAAGAACCCGGGCCGCGAUCGCCGCCUCCCCGCCCUAGUCUCCUCCUUCUCGCUCCCACCGCCAGCUCCAGACGCCCGCAGGCCGCGCAUAUCAGCUGCCGGGUUCGCGGAGCCGCCCCAGAAGGCUGAGUGGCGGGUUCGCGCCUACCACCAGACUGAGGCCUACUCUGCCGCCGCCGCCUCUCCGUGCUAUUGUCCCUGGGCCCGGCCCUGACCGGGUCCAGUGGGGACGGCUGAGUGCGCCGGCUCCGCUGAAGAUGCCGGACCAAGCCCUGCAGCAGCAGAUGCUGGACAGAAGUUGCUGGGUGUGUUUUGCCACUGAUGAAGAUGAUAGAACAGCUGAAUGGGUGAGACCUUGCAGGUGCAGAGGAUCGACAAAAUGGGUCCACCAGGCUUGUCUACAGCGCUGGGUCGAUGAAAAACAAAGAGGAAACAGUACAGCCAGAGUGGCAUGUCCUCAGUGCAAUGCUGAAUACUUAAUAGUUUUUCCAAAGUUGGGUCCAGUUGUUUACGUCCUGGAUCUUGCAGAUAGACUGAUCUCAAAAGCCUGUCCAUUUGCUGCAGCGGGAAUAAUGGUUGGCUCUAUCUAUUGGACAGCUGUGACUUAUGGAGCAGUGACAGUGAUGCAGGUUGUAGGCCAUAAAGAAGGUCUGGAUGUUAUGGAGAGAGCUGAUCCUUUAUUCCUUUUAAUUGGACUUCCUACUAUUCCUGUCAUGCUGAUACUAGGCAAGAUGAUUCGCUGGGAGGACUAUGUGCUCAGGCUAUGGCGCAAAUACUCAAAUAAACUACAAAUUUUGAACAGUAUAUUUCCAGGGAUUGGUUGUCCUGUUCCUCGAAUUCCAGCUGAGGCUAAUCCUUUAGCAGAUCAUGUCUCUGCUACCCGAAUUUUGUGCGGAGCACUUGUCUUUCCUACUAUUGCGACGAUAGUUGGUAAACUGAUGUUCAGUAGCGUUAAUUCUAAUUUACAAAGGACAAUCUUGGGUGGAAUUGCUUUUGUUGCCAUAAAAGGAGCAUUUAAGGUUUACUUCAAACAGCAACAAUAUUUACGUCAGGCACACCGCAAAAUUCUAAAUUAUCCAGAGCAAGAAGAAGCAUAAAACUGACUUCUGGUUGUUCUGCAGUCCUCUCAUCCAUGAGUCUGUUGUGUUGUUCUGAUUCCAUCAUUAAUGCACAGUAGUGGAGACUUGUGAUAAGCUGCUGCUCCUAUAUUUUUAAGAAAUAUAAUAAAAUACUUAGGACAGGGGAAAUCCUCUCAGUAAUCACGGAACCCAAGGAUGUGAUUUAUUUUCAUUGUUUUAUAUGUACUUCUUUCGUGGCAGUCAUCUAUACCGUUCUUAGCAUGGUAAACCUGGGAUUUUUUCAUUUUUUCUCCAGACAGAAAUGUAAAGCUCAAACUGUGCAAAUAUUAAAAAAUGCACAAACUGUUU